AUGGCUUUAUCCCAAGCCCUAAAUGGGUUGCGUCUUUCCAGUCGCGCGUGGUUGGAGUACAUUACAAGCGACACUCUUGGACCGCUUGGGCUCCAUGCCUGUGAGCGUGAGCCGUGUUUGUUCAGUGGCCUUGUUGAUGGAGUGGAAUGUUUAGUGCUCCUGUACGUUGACGAUGUGCUGAUAGCAUGUCCUAGCCAAAAGGUCAUUAACAAGAUCUUUGCUGCUCUGCAGAGUAGAGUACCGACGAAGCUGACUGGUAGGAUUCUCUCCUCCAAAGGGGGUGGUGGACACCUGCGUUUCCUGGGACGAAACAUUGAGAGGAGGCCGGGCGAAGCUGCGCUUACUCUCUUUGUCGAUGCCAACUACCUAGACUCCUGUUACGACGACUAUAAGUUGUCUGGUCGCGGAGGUGGUUCAUCUGCUUUUCCUGACAUCAGAGCAGUGUUGGAGAAAUCCAGCAAUAGCCAUGUGUUGUCGGCAGAAGCGCAUGCUAAGUUUAGGCGUGUUCUGGGAAAACUUGCGUGGUUCGCGCAAACGCGUGAAGACUUGCAUAUCGCGAUUUCCCUUGUUUCUGUGGGCCAAAGUGCUCCUACGGCUGCGCACGAGGAAGCCCUACGUGCUCUCCUCAGGUUUUUACGCAAAGAUGGUGAUGUGCGAGUGCACUUUCCUUCUCCUGAGACGAUGAGCAAUGACUCAUACCAGGAAGUUUCUGUGUUUUCCGAUGCUUCUUAUGCGCCUAUGCGUUCGCUGGGACGCAAGAGCAUCACCGGAGGAGUUAUCAUCCUCCAGGGGUCUCUGAUCAAGGCGUUGGCUCGACAGCAAGCUUCUGUCACGCUGAGUUCCUGCGAAGCAGAACUACACGCGAUCCAAACGAUGACUCAAGAGUCUCUGGUGGAGUCAUCUGUACAGGCUGAAGCUUUGCCAAAGGCAAUAGCUGGGCCCAAGCGGACGCCGAUGCUCACUUUGCAGGAUGUACAGGCCAAGUACUCGGAGCAGCAAAUCUGCCGCAUCAUUCGCUGGUAUGAGGGAGUGAAGACAACCAUUCCUGAUUUCGAGCGAUAUGGUUAG